AUGAAAAAGGGCACAAAGCUUGUCAAAGCUUUGACGGAAACAUUCGAAAUGCCAGAUUUACAAGAACAGCAUCCUAUUGGAUGCAUGGGACUUAUUAAUAAUCAAGCAGUAAUGAUUGCCGGCUUAAGUUCCGCAUCAGUCGAAGUUUUUUCUGUUAGUGGCUGGUGUCAUGAACAGCCUCAACCAGCGGGAGCAAUUCGAUACCAUUCCUGCGUCACACUUUCCGACGGAAUCCUUACUCUUGGUGGUUAUGUUAGUAGUGACAUAAAGGAUGUGUAUCUUUUACGAGAUGAAAAAUGGAGCGUCGUUGGACAACUUCAAAAUAGCUUUCAUUUUAUCGACAUUGAGUAUAAUUACUCGAGAGCGCGGCUGAGGCAGCUCUACUGCAAGACUGGAUUUCAUUUGGAGAUUUUGCCCGAUGGAACGAUCAGGGGAACAAGAGAGCCGGAGAGUAGAUACAGCAUCAUGGAAUUCAAGGUAAUGGCCUACCAAGUCGUCUCUAUCCAAUCCGUCUACACUGGCCUCUAUCUCAGCAUGACUGCAUCAGGAGAAAUCGUCGGAACAAAGGAACUAACGAAAAAUGGCCUGUUCGCAGAAAGCCUUUCCCGGAAUCUCUUCAACACCUACACUUCCAUUUCAAACUACAAGUCGCGCACCUGUCGAUUGGCGAUAGCUCGCAGCGGGAGAGCGCGGAAUGGAUGCAAGACCCGCGCACGACAGAAGUCCUCACAAUUCCUGCCGAGACCACUCGAUCAUCGACUGCGGAAAUACCUCAUUGCCCGUGGCUCUACUGCGUGA